AUGCGUGUCCUUGCUGUCGUUCUUCUUCUCAUUAACGUCAUCGGAGCGGUUUCAUCGUUUUAUAUAUUGAGAAGUAGCAGUCAAGGAGAAGACGUCACCGACUCAUCCCCUUCUUUGAUCCGUCUUCGUCGCAGUGGAAUCCUUUUUGGAAAACUGGCGAGGAAUUGGGCGGCCGAUGAUAAGAGAGUCGUGUUGAGGCCUCUUGUUGAGUACGAACCGGAUCCUUGGCAUUGA